CUUCCUUUGCGCCUGUGGAUUUGGUGUUUACUGGUUUCCUGUGUGUUUCCCUGUGUGUUUCACCUGUUGGCGCGUCAUUCUCAUUCUUGUGCUCGUUCUCGUUUGAGACUUCCUCGGCAGUCUGUAGAGAGUUGACUACAAGACUUGGGGUUGACAACGACCAUUGAGGUAUAAUUAUGAUCGGAUGAUCCUCAGGAAUGUUGACAUCUGUCUCUUUCACCCGUCUGUGGACACUGGACACAGUGGGUUGUUGGAUCCCAGGGCUGGGGGCCGUGUCACGUGAUUCUGAACCGGGGUUCAUCCGCUCGAUUCGGGUUAGCCUGUCUGGUUAUUUUUAUUUUCUCAUGUUCUUGUUCAUCUUUUCUGUUCUAUUUUCACCUUGAUCAAUUGUCACUUGUUGAUCAAGAGACUUGGGACGGAGAGCCAUCUUCAGUACUGGAUAGUAUAUUAUACGGAUCCUGAGAAGACUUAUGUUCACCGAAGACUAAGAAUCCCGUCUCGAAGAAUCGGGGAGCAAACAAGCAGAGCGGCGCCAAGACACCGUGCACAGUCAUAC